AUGCAAACCGAACACACACAGGCUUUUCAAGAUACAGCACCGUCCACAGAACCUCUUCCAACUUCGCGAGCCCCUACCGCUCAACAUGGCAUACACAGCUUCUCAACAGCCCCUCCUUCUCUCGACGAUCUCUCCCAGGGAGCCGGCGCAGGCGGCGUUCGUGGAAUUGGCGGCGAACGGGCAGGUAACGAUGAGGCAGAAGAUACUGGGAUGAGUUCUAAUUCCAAUGGCCUGGGGGAUAUGACACAUCCUAAGGGUGAUUGGGAUACAAUCUCCCCAUCAAAGCGGAAAAAAGACAUAAUCAGCCAGUAUGAAGCGAGGGGUACCUCACCACCUAAUCGUGGCACUGGGUUUCAUGUUAAAAAGACCAAUUGGCAAGGCAGACUCGAUAGCCCAAUCUCUAGAUUUCCGAAUGGUACCGCCUCAAUUCUCUUGUUUGCCCAAAACUCUGGUCUAACCCUAGAUAUAUCUACAGAGGUUCUUAUCCACUCUUUGUCAUUCCUUGAUCCACAAACACUACUUGUAGCGUCUCUCGUAUCUCGCCGCUUCCACUCCCUCAUUUCGUCUCCCGACGCAUGGCGAUCCGCAUUUUCUAGGCAUUUCCCUACUACAUCACUUGAUCAAAGUUCCUCAGAUCUUCAUGAAUCUGCCGCUUUUUCCUCGUCCCAAGAUCGCCGAUUCUUUACUCGAUUGUCGGCUGGAGGGAGCGCCGGUGAUCUUUGGAGAAAGGAGUACAUCCUUCGCACUCGCCUUUUAAGGGACCUUGUGAAAGGGAAACCCCAUAAAUCUGCAAGUCAUUCAAACCCCAUGAGCAAAAACUCUCAAGGAAGCGUCGUUAUAACUUAUAAUGCGUUGACUAGCCCAAUGAGUGUGAGCCAUAUUGCGGCAGGUUUCUCACCAAGGGGUGUGAGGCUGUUACAUGCAUCACUUGAUACUAUAACUGUCACGGCAAGUGAUGCCACUGUCGGGAAAGUUGAGCGACCUCCGUUAGCUGCGGCAAUGCUUGGAACACCAUCUAGGCCUGACUUGCAUCAGCCCGUUCUGGGAGCUGCAGGCUUUGACGUCGCUACAGAUAUGGAUACCGUGGGAGUUAUGGAUCUUUCUGAGGAUGUUGGUUGGGUGUAUGGCGAGAAUGUGCCCAAUGGAAAGUGCUACGUGCACCCAUACUCAUCUCCCUAUCGGUGUGCUUCUGAGCAGGGGUUCUUCCUCCGACAAGACCAAGUGGCAUCUCGUUGUCUCGAGCCCGCUAUAACUGCGGUAUGGAUUACAAAAAAGCGGACAGGCGGUGUCCUUGGAACGUCUGAAGGCCAGGUUGGGGUCAUGAUCGGCAACAGCAGGGGCUUUGUCUCAAUAUACGGACUAAGUUUUGGUAAGGAGUACCGAGUUACCCCUACCAAGAUGUUUUGUAUAUGUCCAGGUAUACCGAUCGUCUCAAUCAAAGUGGACGAGGACUAUUCAGUCAAGAGAAAGAGGCAAAAAAGUAUUUGGGCGUUUAUUGUCAAUGCGCUAGGCGAGAUUUAUUAUCUUGCAGACCCCAAAGUUGGUUGGGAAAUUAUUCCCCAAACCGCUCGUAUACCGACCGUAGUCCACAGCUCGAUUUUUCAACCACCCUCAAAAACUAUAGCCAGGGAGGGUAUGGGGAAAAAGGAAAUUGAAGAAAAAGAAUUGCUGCUUGAUAUCGAGUACACCCGAUUGAAGCAACUCUGGGAGGGUUGGGGGAUGGACUGGUUUAUUGAGUUGGAUUGGCCCGGUACUAACAUUAUCCUUGGAAGGAAAAGAAGUUCCAAUCGGCCAUCCACGGGUAAUGAGCAAACAUCAAAACUUAUCAGAUAUCACUUGUCUUACACACCCAAUAUCGGGGCUGAAGAAUUCGUACGUGAGGUGAUGACUAGCACCCCGGAAGGGACCGGUGCCGGGACAACCUCAAGAUCUGUGUUUGGUGGAGAGUCACAGUCACAGUCCUCCGAGAAAGUAGGAACAAUUGAAGCUUUGGUGCAGUCGUCUCAACUCUGCGAGCGCCUCGAAAAAUGGGUUGCUACAGACUUUUUGUUUGGAGAUGAGAAUGUUGGCAUGGUUACCGCUUUAGCAAUUGAUAUUUCCAACCUCGCCUUGCUUUCCCCCGGUGAAGAUCCUGGAAUAACUGCAGAUGUGCCUGGUGGAAAUGCAAGGUUAUUUGCAGUUGGUACCAAUAUGGGAGAUGUCUUCAUUUGGAACAUUCGGCACCAAGCACCAUCCACCGGUGGCGAUGGCACGCCAUCCAUUAGUUUGUUGCCACAAAGAGUGGUCCGGACUGAUUCACCCCGAAUUUCAACGUUGGCCCUCUCAUCGCUUUAUCUUGUUCAUGGAGGAAACGACGGGCUCGUUCAAGCUUGGGAUCUUCUGGCUUCCACUUAUUCACCUGUGAGAAGCAUUCAUUCUAGAUUUUCGACUCGCGCACGCCGAAGAUUAGCACAAGCAGACGCAGCAACAUUGGGCCUUGGUAAUGAUGCUCUUGGGGAUAACCAGUUUGCAGCCCGAUGCCUAGUUCUUGAUCCUGAUCCGACUCGCCUUCGCGGAGCGGUUGCCUUAGGCACACACAUCAGACACUGGUGUUUCUCUUCCUCCUCAGGGUCAAACACCCCGAAGCGAUCAAGGAAGCCAAGAGUUGGUGGUAGGGUCUGUGGUACACCAUCCAGCGAUAGAGGUGACAUUAAGGGCAUCAUCAAAUCGGAUUCCAAAAACCUUCUUAAGGAGCGCGAGCGCGAGAAUAAAGAACGGACUGAGCUGGAGAAACGGUAUGGAAUAAGCAGUGGGUGGGCAGCGCUCAGUGAAGAAGAGAUGUUGGAAUAUGCUAGGAUGAUCAGUAUGGAAACCUAUGAAAUUGAGGGUGGUGGUAGUAUUGAGAGUGGGAAUAACAGCAACACUAUUACGCCUAGAGACUCGAGCGGCGCAACAAGUAGCCAUAGGACCACUCGGGGGGUUGAGGAUACUAAGGAGGAGAUUGAAGACUUAGAGUUAGCUCAAGCGUUAAGGCUGAGUUUAGAGAGAGCAUGGAUGGAAACUCCAGCCGUACCUGGUGACACACUGGAUUCAGGGAUUUGGGGGGACGCAUCCGAAUAUCCGGAUCGCGAAGUUCCUCCGAGCCCUGUCGUUGCUGGCCCAGGUCAUCAAAGACGCUCUACCCCACAUCACACCAAUUCAAACAGGAGUUCUGAUUUUGCAACUCCUGGUGGACGGCCCGGUGCAGAAAGAGAAUGGCCGAGCAUCAGUGGGAUCACAGAAAAGGGAAGAGACAAAAGGCAGCGUCAUACUUCAAGGACUGAGGAGGAGGACCUUGAAAUGGCAAUCCAGUUGAGCAUGAAGGAGGAGGAAUGCAGGGGGAUCAUAAGCGCCUUUGAGAACGAUGAUGGACAGAAUCAAGCGAUAGGGAAAGGGAAAGCGACAGGGAAAGGGAAAGGGAAAGGGAAAGGGAAAGGAUGGUAAGGUAGUGGUGGCAGCAGUAUUAUGGCUUGUUUCAAUGCUUAUGGUGGUGAUUGACGGGUUUUCGGUGGGUACGGUAGUGUUAGUAGGAGGUUCCUCUAAGCAGUGGCCUUUUUAUUAUUCUUUUUUUCUUGUCUCGCGUAAUCUGCAAGUCUAAUACGAUUGACUUUUCUCAGCCCGGUGCUAGAGUGUACCCGCGAUUAGUUAAAGUUUCUCAUGCGUAAAGUGUCUAGUCUCUGUUUGAUUGAUGCGCAAAUUAUCUUCCUAUCAUAGUCUACGCACUACUCAAGCUGUGUUUGCUUUGGUCUAGACUGGGACCUUUUUUCGGCCGGUAAUGAUCCUGGCUUGGCGGCUGGCGGAUCCCUUUUUGAACGAUACAUCAUAGUCCCACCCACCAUUCCACCAUCGACUUGCCCACAACAUCUGCAACAUCCACGGCUCCCCACGUUCCUAUCACGUACAUCGCAUCGCUUACAUACUUCCUCCUCCUCCACUGCCUGGAACAGCUCGGCUCGGGCUGGACAGAGCCCACAAUGCCGACCCUAAUAGCGACCUAUGUAUCCCCCCUCACCCCCGCCGCCCCCCACACAAUCAUCAAAACACUCCCAGAAACAUCCGAUAAGUCUGCCGCGCUGGCAGAACUCCGCGGUGCGGUGGUGGGAUUGCAGAAUGAGGUGAAUAGAUAUCUUACCGCGAAGAUGGAGGAGGAAAAGGGUGGGGGUACGGUUGAGGAGGAGAAGUAUGGUGAGGAUGAUGAUGAAGGAGGGGAGGAGGGAGACAACGUCAAGGGCGGGGUAGCGGCGAAGUAGUUGUGGAGGGGGGGGUUUAUAGUUAGGUGUGCUUGAGAAAGGGAAGUUUAUUCUAGGAUGGGUAUGAUUUCUAUGCUAUGCGCUGUUAUGUUACAUGUGCGGCAGUUACAGAUAUGGUAGGUGGAUGCUCAUCGCUUCUUCCCUAGCUUUUCAUGCCAAUUCUUCUUUGCGGGGGCCGUGUUUUUUGCAGGGGCUGAUGAUGUUGUGGAUGAUCCUGCAGCGGCUCUAGGUUCUGCAUCUCCGGAUGGUGUGAAGGGAACGGUGGUUCCGGCUAGGAGUGUGUGCCAGCCCUACGAAGGUUUAGGUCAUUGGCACUCGGGAGGAGGGCAUGGUACAUACCUUAAUUGAGUCCAAUUCACAUUUGCUUGUGCACUCCUCUGGCACAGCGGCUUU